CACGAGUCACUGUACGCCACGCACUGCACUGUGUGGUAGAGUGUGAGCGAAAUACGAAACACACGAAUAGACGGUUUGAGGCUCAACACUCAUAGUAUACGACUACUAUACAGACGUACAGUACCUCGUAAUAGUCAGUUGUCACUUUGUCAGGUAGUCGUACACUUGUACGCGUGCCGUAAGGUUCCUAGCUGAGAUACCUACCAUCGAUCGUGCGUUUCAAUAUUAUUUUAUUUUUCAAAUCGUUGUCUUCACUCUACGGACGCAAACGAGAUUUGCAAUUUUGCAUAGAUAAUAAUAAUACGACAGUCUUUUCUCAGACAGUUCAAAAAUCGUACACAAUCCAAUAAAUAAAAAUGACGUCGAUACCAAAAAACGUAAAAUUGCGCCGAGAACUUGGUCUUUUCAGCGCAGUAUGCCUCAUUAUCAGCGUAAUGUUGGGAUCGGGAAUAUUCGUGUCUCCGGCCAAUGCGUUAAAGAACACAGGAUCUGUGGGCAUGUGUUUGGUCAUUUGGAUGUCUUGCGGACUGUUAUCGCUUUUAGGUGCCAUGUCGUACGCCGAACUCGGCACGGUGGUCAAUAAAUCGGGAGGCGAGUUCAGUUUCUAUCAGUCUGCAUUCGCUGACAUGCACAAGUUCUGGGGACCUCUGCCCAGUUUCAUAUACUCUUGGGUGAGUAUCAUGUACGUUCGCCCAGCCGAGGUGGCCAUCAUUAUAUUGACAUUCGCAGAAUACUUCAUCCGGCCGUUCAGCAUUUGGACUUCCAUGACGCCUGAAACCGAACAUACGGUAAAGAAGACCGUCAGCAUACUCGCACUCGGUAUCAUAACUUUCAUCAACUAUACUAGUGUCAAGUGUUUCAUAAAAAUCCAAAACGUAUUCACUAUAUGUAAAGUCACCGCCUGCAUAGUUGUCAUAGGUGGUGGACUAUAUCAACUCUACCAAGGCAAUACUAAGAAUUUAAUGACUGGAUUCGAGGGCACAACAUUAUCCAUAGACACACUUCCGAUAGCCUUUUACAGCGGCCUUUGGGCGUACGAUGGAUGGACGGCUACGACCGUGGUGUCCGAGGAAAUCAAGAAUCCUCAAAGGAACAUACUGCUCAGUAUCCUUCUGGCGGUGCCGUUUGUCACCAUGAUUUAUGUUCUGAUGAACGUGUCCUACUUGACAGUCCUGUCGGUCGCGGAAAUGACUUCAGUCCAGGCGGUAGCGGUGGAAUUUGGAACUCGAGCACUGGGAAGUUUUAGUUUUAUAAUUCCGCUCGGCGUAGCCACAGCGACUUUCGGUUGUGCGCUCAGUGUCCAAUUUGGAAUAACCAGAUUGUGCUUUGCCGCUAGUAGAGAAGGUCAAAUGUUGGAAGUCUUCUCUUACGUGAGCGUAAAAAAGCUGACGCCGGCUCCUGCUGUCGUUUUACAGGGCUUACUCACGUUAAUUUGUCUGUUGUGUGGAGACAUCGUGGUGUUAAUAGAGUUCGCUAGCUUCUUAGUGUGGAUGUUCUACGGUAUCUCCAUGGCUGCAUUGUUAGUGAUGCGUUAUACCAAGAGAGACGUUAAACGUCCAUUCAAAGUACCAAUCGUCAUUCCAAUAUUCGUGCUCAUCGUGUCCACCGUUUUGUUCAUCACACCCAUUCUUAACGAUCCCAAGCCACAGUUCCUCAUUGGUCUUGUGUUCAUUCUGUCGGCGUUUUUGAUAUACAUUCCAUUCGUGUACCAGAAAAAGAGGUUAUCGAUAGUCGAUAACUUCACGAAGUUCAUUCAAGUGUUAAUGGUGGUUGUACCGCCGGAAAAAGAUGAAGCGGAUGCCGAAGAAAAUCGAGUCGUAGAAGUCGACGAUGCUGAAACUGAGGCACCCAUGAUCGCCGCGGUGGUGUGAGUUAUAAUAUAUAUUAUAUUAUAGGUCUCAUCUUCCAAAGACCACGACUCCGGAUGGUUGAGUUUUAUAUUACUAUACUUAAUUGAUUCUUAAUUAAUUAUUAUGUAUACGACUGCGGAAGCGGAAUUCUAAUUUAUUAUUAAUUUUAUGUCGUAGCUAUGUCUACGCGACACUUAAGUGGCAAGUCUGUGAUAUUAGGAUUAACAAUUGUACAGUCUGUAAAAAUAACUAUCCUCGAAACAGUCGUAUAUUACUUAAGGAAUAACGCCACCUAAAAUCGUAUUAAGGAUCGUUUUUUUUAUAUAAUAGAUUUUUUAAAUUUA